UUAUUAUUAGAUAUAAUUAAAAUCGUCAUAAUUUUAACCAAUGGUACUUAAAAAAAUAGCGAGUACCGUAGGUGGGCUCCUUAUUAAGACACAAAAAUAAGAAAAAUCAGAAGCUAUCCAUGGUUGGAAAAAGAAAAAUCAUAAAUGGAAAAAUGCACGUAGGUGGACUCCUUGUUAAGACACAAUGGCCAACUUCCAUUCAAACCAUGCACUCUCACCAACUAGCCCAAUAGCCAGACAAGUCAUCUUCCCGUCCAUGCAAAGACUCGCAAAUAAAAUCUUCAACGACUUCAGACGCUCAGCACAAUAUUAUCAAACUUAAAAAAUUAUGAGACCUAGUAUUAUCAGGCUUUUUAAGAAUGCAUUAAAGCCAUAGACAUGGCAGUCGCCGGGAAGAAGCAUGAAUUAACUUCCAACGUAAGUCAAAUCGGAUCUGUUUUUAAAACAGAUUUGGAGCAUAGAGGAUACAAGGAACAUCUACAAGGAGUUUAGGGAGGACUGGUUGUUUCUGUGGGAAGGCAGGACAAGGACUGGAUUUGAUUGUUUUUUCUUGAGGAAUACAGGAGAAGAUUUUCAUAGACUUUGGUUUUGGAAUAGAUAAUGGGGUUUGCAACAACUAUAGGGAAGUAUCAGCUAGGUCGAACGAUUGGAGAAGGUACCUUUGCCAAGGUCAAGCUGGCUGUAGACACCAAAAACGGUCGUCAUGUUGCCAUCAAGAUCAUCAAUAAGGCCAUGGUCAUGGAAAGCAAUCUCAAGCAUCAGGUACAGCAAGAGAUAAGAACAAUGAAGCUUCUGCAUCACCCCAAUGUCGUAAGAAUCCAUGAGGUUAUUGGCUCGAAGACAAAGAUAUACAUAAUAAUGGAAUACAUAUCAGGAGGACAAAUUUCAGAUAAAUUGUCUUAUGCCAAAAAAUUAAGUGAACCAGAGGCAAGAAAACUUUUCCAGCAAUUAAUAGAUGCAGUGGACCAUUGCCAUAGAAAAGGAGUCUAUCACAGAGAUCUAAAGCCAGAGAACUUGCUUUUGGAUAGUAAGGGAAACCUGAAAGUAACUGAUUUUGGGCUGAGUGCUUUGAGGAAGCCUGGAGAUAUGCUAACUACAGCAUGCGGCUCACCGUGCUAUGUAGCACCUGAGCUGCUUGCAAAUAAGGGCUAUGAUGGUGCAGCUGCUGAUAUUUGGUCUUGUGGUGUAAUACUUUUUGAACUACUUGCUGGCUAUUUACCAUUUGAUGAUCGCAAUCUUGUGGCUUUAUACAAGAAGAUAUCUAGAGCACAAUACACAUGUCCACCAUGGUUAACAGGAUGUCAGAGGAAGCUGAUUGCACGUAUACUUGAUCCAAAUCCCAAAAGGAGGAUAACAAUUCCAGAAAUCAUUGAAGAUGCAUGGUUUCAAACAGAUUAUGUGCCUUCAUGUGGCUAUGAAUCUAAUGAGAACAUACACUUGGAUGAUGUUUGUGCUGCCUUCGAUACAGUUGAGGAACACAACGCAGAGGUGAAGACACACAAAUCCUCAAAUUUCAUAAAUGCAUUCCAGUUGAUAGCAAUGUCACAUGAUCUGGAUUUAUCAGGUCUCUUUGAAGGACAGGAUGGCAAAAGGCAGAGAACAAGGAUUGGAUCUAAGCAUACAGUUAAUGAAACCAUAAAGAAAAUAGAAGCUGCUGCAAUGGAUGUGAGUCUAUCAGUUGAAAGGAUGAAUAAUUUCAAGCAGAUGAAAAUUCAUCCAAAACAGAAGAUGACUAGAUGUUGUAGAUCAUCUUAUGACCUAUCAGCUGAGGUCAUUGAGGUUGCUCCCACAAAUUGUGUCGUAGAAAUAUCAAAAUCUGCAGGAGAACUAACAGUUUACAAAGAGUUCUGCAAGAGUUUAUCAAGUCUACUGAUAGAGAAAUCAGAUGUUUCAUCACAAAUUCAAGAGUCUGAGACAGUUGACACCGAUAGCGAUAGUACUAUACUGAAUGAAUGCUCCAAAGAAGAAAAAGACAAAGAAAAUAAACUCAUAUGAGACUAUUUCUCCUCAUGAAGAUCAGCUAAAUUAUUUUAGUCAUCAUCUUCUUCCUCCCAGCAUCCUGAGCAAUUCCACUGGAAGACCAGAGCCACAUCAACACAUAAUCUAUUUCAAGUGCAGGACAAAAUAAGAACACAAAAUUAUUGCUCUUAGGCAUCAUUCUUUACCCAAAACAAAGUCCAAACAACAUCACUUGCACAGCUAUCUUCAUGUUUCAUGUGAAGUUUUUGUCCUUUUACUUUCUCUUCUCUCUUAAAUUUAACAGUGCACCUAAUGUUUCAAGAUGUAUAUUAGAGGUUACAAUUUUUUAUCAAUUUUUUUUGUUUAAAGAGUUAAUAACACAUAAAGCAGUUUCUCACCUGCUCAAUUUUCCCUGAAAUGAUCACACUUAGUACUUUACACAGCAAAGAUGGUAUUCCAGUGGUAUAGAACUAUAAGUAUUCAAUCAAUCAACUCAUCGUAAUCUCUCGGUUUAGCAACCUAGACUUUUCUACAAAAGGUGUUACUUUUAUCAGGUACAUACGAAAAUAUAAGACAAUAUCCCUUCAAAAACUGUCAUUCUCAUAUCACAUUCCUAAACUGUUAUCCCUCCAACUUGAUUUAACAUAAUGAAUCUUCUCUCAUUCUAUGCUGUCUAAAGCCCUAAAGCACUGGAACUUGAAUUAUAUCUCAUUUAAUCAUCAUUCUAAGUGAAAAGAGUUCCAGACCACAUCUCUAACUCUUGCCUCUGGAUUCCCCCAUUUCCCACUCCCUUCCCAAAACCCAUUUUCUCUCUGCAUUACUGAUUUCUGUCUCCUGGUACAAUCACGUUAAUAACAAUAAUUUACUGGGCUCUUUGGAUAUGCCAAAUCAGAUCUCUAGACUAAAUUCAAUCUCAAAGGUCCUUCAUCUGAGACGUGAAACCUACAACAUUGUGAAUAGAUUGCAAAACCAAUGAAGGGUAAUGCGAGGAAAGGAGAUUCAAUGAGCUUGAUCUAAUGCAACUUUGAUAUUGUAAUGCAAACCAUAACAGAACUGACAUCAAUUCAGUCUCUCCUAUGUUCUAAUUGGUUCAUCAAUGCUUUUACCUGAACCUACAAAAUCCCCCAGCCACUUUGAGUUUCAAUUGACUGGUAAAAGAUAAUCAGUUUGAUGUGGCCUACCUAUGCAUGCAGUGUCUUAAAUACUACACUUAGUCAAAAGCAUGCAAAUUUGUGCAUACUAGAAUGCAAUACAAAUUAAAGAGCCAAUUUUUGGAUACAAGAUGGAGCUUAUUUGGCAUCAGGAAGAUAAGACUUAUUUUGCAAAAGCCAUGAACAAAUAAUGCUUGAACUAACAACUAUCCAUAAAGUGUUCAAGAUGAAGACAAUUAAAAUCCCAUAAUUAAGCACAAAACAUUUAUAUGUAAGUAUCCAUGUAGCAAUAGUAAUUGGUAUAGAACUAAUAAUUACGCACACAACAUUUAGAUGUAAGUAUCCACAUAAAAAUAAUAACUGGUAUAGAAAUUGUAAGUUAACCACAAAAUUGGUGAUUAAGCAGGUAAUCUUCAGGGAGCCUGAAAAAUGAGGUAAACAUGCCCAUAAAUCUCCAUAUCCCUAGCUACAAUUUUGAUGGGUUGUAGAUAUCAUAACUUUAAGGGAUUACUACAUCUUUGUGGCAGCAAGAUUAAAGCUUGUUGCAAUUGGAAUUAAAAAAAGCAGUGACAAUCAUACAAUAUCGUUGGAAUUCCUCUACAACUUGCAUUCCGCAUAAUGAGCAAAAGUUUGUAA